AUGGCGCGUCGAAAUGGGGGCUUCAUGGAAGCCGAGCACCGACUCUGGCUCUUCCUCCCCUCUCUCAUCCUCAUUCCCUUCGGAUGCAUCUUGUUCGGCGUCGGGGCUUAUUACGAGGCGCAUUGGUUCUCAAUUGUCUUUGCCAUGGGCGUCAUCUCUUUCACCACGACAGCUGGAUCGCAGAUCUCCAUUGCGUACUGCAUCGAUUGCUAUCGUGAUCUCGCAAGUGAAGCUUUAGCCACUGCCAUUAUCAUCCGAAAUACGAUGGCUUUCGGAAUUGGAUAUGGUGUCACUCCUUGGGUUGUCAACCUUGGUUAUCAGAAUGCUUUCAUCCUGGGCGCAUUUGCGGGUCUGGCGCAUAAUCUGACCAUCUUCCCUGUCAUGAAAUGGGGACGGGCUUUGCGUCAGCGGAGUGCGGAGAAGUAUUGGAACACUGUCAAGGAGAGAGCGGAUUUGGACCUCAACCAUUGA